AUGACUAAAAUUGGCCACAGAAAUGGAGAGGCAACUUGCUACGUAAUUCUAGGAAGUGUGUUUCGUUCGCUCGGGCAAAACGGAAGGGCUAAAGAGUAUGUCGAAAAGGCGCUUGUCAUCAAAACUGAAAUUGGCGACAGAAAUGGAGAGGCAGCAUGCUGCAGCACCCUAGGAACUGUGUUUCACUCCCUUGGGCGAUACGACAGGGCUAAAGAGUAUCUCGAAAAAGCGCUUGGCAUCAGCACUGAAAUUGGCAGCAGAAAUGUAGAGGCAGCUUGCUACGGAAACCUAGGUAUAUUGUUUCAGUCGCUCGGACAAUACGACAGGGGAAAAGAAUAUCUCGAAAAAGCGCUUGGCAUCAGAACUGAAACUGGCGACAGAAAUGGAGAGGCAACUUGCUACGGGACACUAGGAGCUGUGUAUGAAUCCCUUGGGCAAUACGACAGGGCAAAAGAGUAUUUCGAAAGAGCGCUUGUAAUUAAAACUGAAAUUGGCGACAGAUAUGGAGAGGCAAUUUGCUACGGAAACCUAGGAGCUGUGUAUCAGUCGCUCGGGCAAUGUGAUAGGGCAAAAGUGUAUUACGAAAAAGCGCUUUUCAUCAGAACUGAAAUUGUCGACAGAAGUGGAGAGGCGAAUUGCUACCUAAAUCUAGGAGCUCUGUUUGAGUUUCAAAGGCAGAAUGACAAAGCAAAAGAGUAUGGUGAAAAAGCGCUUGUCAUCACAACUGAAAUUGGUGAAAAGGGAGGGGAGGCAACAGUUCUUGCAAACCUCGGAACUAUUUCUAGAUCCCUUGGAGAUUAUAAAGCUUCGGAAGCAUACUUCGAGAGAGCGUUAAUCAUAUCCAGAGAUAUUGGACAGAAACGAAUAGAGUUAGAGAUCCUUAAAGCUUAUGUAAUUUUGUAUUUAUGUCAAAACAAAAUGAAAGACUCCGUUUCUUAUCUUCAUCAAUGCAUUGUUACAUAUGAAGAAUUGAGAGAUUUCCUUGGCGUAAACGAUCAGUUUAAAACAUCACUUUUGGAUCACGCUUGUGUAUUUCCCUACAAUCUGCUUUGCAUUUUGCUUUGUCGAACCGGAAGUACUAGUGAUGCUCUAUAUGUCGAGGAGUUAAGUCGUGCAAGAGGCCUAUCAGACCUGAUGGCGAAGAAGUACUCGGUUGAAAUGCACAUCUCUGCUAAUCCACAAUCUUGGUCUGGCAUUGAAAACACUUUGAGAAAGGAAAAUAACUGUACUUGUCUUUACAUUUCUUAUCUUCAAAGUGACGUGCAUUUGUGGAUCUUAAAAAUAAGUGGAGCCAUUCAUUUUAAACGAAUAUCACUAGAAGAGAGUCUCUUUCAGGCUGGGUUGCCUAAAGAUUUGCCUUUGAGCAAAUUUUUGGCUGAUAACCUCCGGAGUCUUGGUAUUUUGACCAUUGAAGAUUGUGAAGAUCGGUCUUUAAAUAUGAUUGAGUCGCAACCUCUUACCUCCGAGCAAAAGAGCUCAGCAAGGGUGCGACUGCUGGAGGAGGAAAAGAAAGUCAUUUCAAGUCUAUCGCUGUGUUACAAAAUCUUUAUUGCCCCAGUUUAUGAUUUGCUCGAGGAGCCUGAAGUCAUUAUUGUUCCGCACAGUACUUUGUACAAAGUUCCCUUUGCUGCCCUGAGGGAAAAGGAGGGAGCCAAAUACCUCUCUGAAACUCGUAGGAUCCGUGUCAUUCCUUCUUUGACGACACUCAAGAUGAUUCAAGACAGUCCAGAGGACUAUCACAGCAACACUGGAGCCUUGAUAAUAGGCAAUCCUAAGGUUAAUUGGUUGCUGCCACUGCCAGGUGCAAGAAAGGAAGCGGAGAUGGUAGGACGACUCGUGGGCGUUCCGCCCUUAGUAGAAGACCAAGCAACAAAGGAGGCGGUACUUGAAAGGAUAAGCUCGGUGAGCCUGAUACAUUUUGCUGCUCAUGGUAACGCCGAAAGAGGAGAAAUUUCCCUCUCCCCUAAUCCAACUAUUAACAGUACAAACACUAUUCCACCACAGGAAGCUUAUAUGUUGACAAUGGCUGAUGUCUCACGAGUGAAAAUCACAGCUAAACUAGUGGUACUCAGCUGCUGUCACAGUGGAAGUGGACAGAUAAGAGCCGAGGGAGUUAUUGGAAUUGCCCGUGCGUUCUUAGGAUCUGGUGCUCGCUCGGUGUUAGUCGCACUUUGGGCCAUUCCAGACUCAGCGACAGAGCAGCUGAUGAGUCGGUUCUACGAACACCUUGUUGGUGGAAAAAGUGCCUGUGAAUCUCUUCAUCAGGCCAUGAAGUGGAUGAGAAAUAACGGCUUUACCAAAGUGUCUGAGUGGGCUUCGUUCACGCUGAUUGGAGAUGACGUGAGGCUUGAGUUUGGCAAACAGAGGAAAGAGGACUCCGACAGUUGA